UGACGGACAAUAGCUAACGGAUUGGCUGUGGGAGAACGGCGGCGUGGGAUUGGCUGCGCUGUGGCUGCUUCAUGGCGGUCUCCUCUUAGAUCCUGCGGCUCCUGUCUGAUAAAACAGAAGGCUUGAUUGCUUAUAAGAAGAAUUCAGAAGCCCAAGAGCAUUGAGGAUGAAUCCUGGAAGAUGUGAGACUCUGGAUGAUAUGCCUGACCUCUACACUAUCUUCAGAGGAGAGGUUGUUACAGUGACAGAAUAUGGAGCCUUUAUUAAAAUUCCAGGCUGCAAAAAGCAAGGCCUGGUCCAUCGAACCCACAUGUCAUCCUGUCGAGUGGACAAGCCCUCUGAGAUAGUGGACGUCGGUGACAAAGUGUGGGUGAAGCUUAUUGGCCGGGAGAUGAAAGAUGACAAGAUUAAGCUAUCCCUUUCCAUGAAAGUUGUCAACCAAGGGACUGGAAAAGACCUUGACCCCAACAAUAUCAUUACUGACCAAGAAGAAAGGCGGAAGAGGUCCUUCAAGGAUUAUACAGGGCAGAAGAUUAUCCUUGAAGCUGUCCUGAACACAACUUGCAAGAAAUGUGGCUGCAAAGGUCAUUUUGCCAAGGACUGUUUCAUGCAACCAGGAGGCACCAAAUACAGCCUAGUACCUGAAGAGGAAGAAGAAGAAACGGCAGAAACUGAGGGAGGGGAGAAAUCUGUACAAACGGAAAAUACUUCCCGGAAAAGAAAGAAGGAAAAGAAAAAGAAAAAGAAACACAAGAGCAGGAAGGCAUCCUCAUCCAGUAGCUCAGACUCUGACAGCAGUGAAGGUCCAUCGGCCAGCAAGAAGUCGAGACACAUGGCAAAGGACAGCAAGAGGAAGAAAAAAAAGCACAGGAAGAAGACCCAGGAGUAACUCCUUACUCCUUACCCUCCAAGGGAGCCUUCUUCACCAGUACCUUGACUCCCUGCCCCACCCUACCACUGAGGGCUGUAUCCUCCACAAAUUAGUCUUGCUUGCUCUGGACAGUGUCAGGAUAGCUUCCUGACCCAGCAAGCCAUGUUAACCCCUGAAGCUAACGUUUUUCUUUUGUCCAAUUCCUCUGGCCCAGCCUCAAGAUUUGAGGGCUAGCUGUAGACUCCUGGCCAUGGACACUGCUGCAGGGAGAGAUAUGCUUUUUGAACCCCCGGCUGGAGCACAGAUGGCCACCUCCAGCUGAGCCAGUCAGUGAGCUCUUCUGCCUCCAGGCCAGAGCCAGAGGGCUUCUUCUUGGCAACAGGCAGACCAGUCCCUUCUGGUGCUCAUAUUCCCUCAACAGCAGUAGGUCAGACGGCACCAGCUUAGCCAGAUUCUGGGAAGAAACUGCAAGGUUUCAGAACUUGUGGUCUCAUCCCCUUAGGUGAUUAAACAUACAGGGCUAUUGUUCAGCACUCACUGAUGUGGGGCGAGUGGCGGAGAGCCAUGACUUCUAAAUUUCCUCUCUCCAUUGGCAGCACUGGAACCUUUGGCUUGGUGUUUUAACAUUUCCUGGAUUGGGUAUCAUGCCCCCACCUCCCACUUCUUAUCUGCUUAUAGGGAGGCUGAAGCUGGUGGAUCAUGUGAUCUCUGAAAUUCCUGAGCUGCAGAAGGGUCCCAGCCAGUCAGGUAUUCACACUGUCAGGUACCAAUGUGGGGAGCCCCAGGAUCACCAAGCUGCCUAAGGAAGUGAGCCCACCUAGGUUGGAAAUGAGCUCCUGUGCUUAUCAAUAGUUGGAUUGGGCCCACCAGUGGCUGCUGCAUUCCCAGCUUAGGCAAGAUCUCCCAAACAAAACCUUUUUUUUGAAGGUGAAGAGUUUCUAAAAAACUUAGUAUCUUCUGAAAUUUCAUAGCUAGAUAAUUUACAGGGUCUGCCCUGCUUGGUCCUUCCAUGAAGAUUUCUUCAGAGGAGGAGUUUUAGCAGGUCCCUGUCCCACAGCCAACCUUCAUAGAAUUCCCCAAGUUUUCCCCUGUAAUUAUCAAAUAACUUCCAUUCUCUGGUGGUACGUGGUAGUGUGCAGAAGGAAGAUGGCAGUAGUGCAUCUUUCAUUGCACCGGCAUGGUUCAAAGGGGUAAACAAAAACCAAAAUCAAAACUCCUACAUAGGAUCUGCUUAGAGCCUUCUGUUAACACAUCCCUAUGAAGUCUGAGCCCUCAAGGCAGAAGCCACAGCCAUUGCUCAUGUCUCUCUACCCACCAGUGAAAUAGAAGGCUAAAGGGCCACUAAGGAUGAAGGAUCCGAUACAAGGCUUGGAGCUAAGCCUGCUAUCCUGGCAUAAGUCAGUCUGAAAGAGAAGCCUCAAGGGGUGAUGAUACGGUCCCUGUCUAGACCAAUGGGUGAACAUAAUGAGCAGACUCCAGCUUAAUGUAUGGAAAGGCUUCUGAGCACCAUCCCAGAAUACAGUGGACUGCUCGAGCAGGUCUGUCUCCAGACAUUGUCCCUUGUUGGGGAUACAGAGGAACUUCCCAGUGUGGAGGCCCCUUCCACCUAUGAUUCUGUGAUGAGGUAAAGAAAGGGUAAGCAGUGAAGGGAAGGAGGAAAGGGCUGUAGAUAGGGAAAAAAGAGAUUGACUGCUUUCUCCUUGGGCCUAUCUGUUAGUGGUCUUGCUUCAGCUGCAUCAGGCUUGGAAUCACUGCCACUUGGGCUUGGCUUCAGACCAACUUGGCCAACGUCUGACUUGCCCCAGCAGCCUCUUUGGCAAAGAUAGGCCUUGCUCAUGGAACCCUCCCCAUUCCCCCAACCCCCACGACAAAGGCAGUAAAGCAGCUGCUGUAUCUGAA